UUUAUUUAUCCCGAUUGCAUUGCACUCUAACGCGGUUAUUAUUAAAAACUUUAAACUUCAUAUGAAACAACUCAAAAUGUAAUGCUACAAUAACGGUCCCCUGAAUUCUGGGGUCCAUGCGGGACUCUGCCUGCCGGUUGCGUGUCUCUUGACAGGCGCGCCGCGCUGUGUUUGGGUCUCCAUGCGGAUGUGACAUUUCAGAGAGGAGCGCUGCCGCCAUUUUGAGCUGUGCCUCAAUCUGCACAUCACAAGCGGAGAGGGAAGAGAGACCGGGACCGGGACCGGGAGCAAAGAAUAGCAACGACGGAUAGAGGCAUUUUAACAUUAAACAGCGUUUACUACAUGCACACAUACAAGAGAGCGCAAUAUUGCGGGUUCCAGGAGACUAAUCCACAUAUAUAAAUAGAUAUAUAGAUAUAGAUAUAUUUUAAUUUAAAUCCAUGAAUUAUCGCGAUUCCAAAUUAGAAUUGGUUUUGAAUGGAAAGAUUUUUUUUUUUCGCUCUCCCUGAGAAGAGAGGCAAUCGGAGAAACAAACUGACUUCAAAAAUUGCGAGGAGAUACUGAGUUUGAAUUUGGUAUUUGCUAACGUGUGUAUUUUUUUUUUUUUCAGAACUUAAACACAAAACAGAUUUUUUUUUUUUUUUUUUUUUUUUUUUGUGUAUUUCGGAUUUCUGCAGCUCUCCGGUUGGAGGGUUGUGGCGAGGUGAAUUUCACUCGCCUCCUCUCCUGACCCGUUUCCAGAGGUAAUAAUAUUUUGCGGGGCUUCUAGUCUAGGCAGCCUUAGAAGUCCCUCGUCCUCAGCGGCUUGUAUUCCCUUCACUUCGCCGAGAUUGGGCGAAUAGCGAGCAAAUACGUCCGCGUUUCUCUGCCUGCUCACCCAUUGGCCUCCCCUCCUCAACCUCCGGCGCUGACAGCAGGAAAGGCCGAGGUCGCUGUUGAGCAGGCCCAGCCUCCGAGGCUCGACCUGCCUGCCCCUCCUCUGCCCCCUCAAACCCCCCAGCUCCGGACUCAGCCCUCUCCGGAAAACACAGUAGGAAACGAAGGCAACUGCCACAAUCACGCCGCCGCCAACAUGAACCACCAUCAGUCGCAGCAGCAGAAAGCCGGGGAGCAGCAGCUCAGCGAGCCCGAGGAUAUGGAAAUGGAAGCUGGGGACGCAGAUGAGCCCCCGAGAAUCGCUCCAAAUCCAGUCAUUAACGGGAAUGUAGCCGUAGCUGACGGACACAACAACACAGAGGAAGACAUGGAAGAUGAUACAAGCUGGCGGUCAGAGGCUUCCUUUCGGUUCACUGUGGAGCGAUUCAGCAGGCUCAGUGAAUCUGUGCUCAGCCCUCCUUGCUUUGUGCGAAACCUACCAUGGAAGAUUAUGGUGAUGCCACGCUUUUACCCAGACCGGCCUCAUCAGAAGAGUGUAGGAUUUUUCUUGCAGUGCAAUGCAGAGUCUGAUUCAACGUCAUGGUCAUGUCACGCCCAGGCAAUGCUGAAGAUAAUAAAUUAUAAAGAUGAUGAAAAGUCCUUCAGCCGAAGAAUCAGUCAUCUUUUCUUUCACAAGGAAAAUGACUGGGGGUUCUCCAAUUUUAUGUCUUGGAGCGAUGUAACCGAUCCUGAAAAGGGGUUUAUUGAAGAUGAUAAGAUUUCAUUUGAUGUCUACGUUCAGGCAGACGCACCACAUGGAGUUGCCUGGGAUUCAAAGAAGCACACUGGAUAUGUUGGGUUAAAGAACCAAGGAGCAACCUGUUACAUGAACAGUUUGUUACAGACACUAUUCUUCACGAAUCAGCUCCGUCGGGUCAGUGUUCUCCUGUUAAACACCUCUGGAGACGUGGUUUGUAAAGUGGCGCUUGCUCACUGGAGUGAGUCUCACGAGCUCAGCAGCCACACCUGGUUUGAGAGCGAUUAG